CCGGGGCCCCAGCCACUCGGCCCACUUCCGCUUACGCGCCCCACUUCCGCUUCCGGCCCUAGGCUGUGGUGACGAGCAGUGUGGGGUGGGUCAGAAGGUAGUAGGUGCUGGAGGCGGAGGCGGGUGCAGUCUUUGCGCGGCGGUGGGUUCCUGCGAGCUGGUGCGGAGGAGCCCUGGCGGGCCGGCCCUGGGGCACAUGCGACGACAUCCACCCCUGGAUCCCACGAUGGCCCCGGGUCCUGAAGACAAUGUUAGAAACCUGCGGAAACGGCAGGCGCGAGGGCCAGGCACAGCGAGAGGCUGCGGCCCAGAGGUCGGAGGGCGCAGGAAAAAUAGGCAAAAGAGGAGAAUGGUGGCCCAGGCCAGCCCUGGGAAAGACAAGGUGGAAAGAGACAGGUCGGUUGCGGCAUCAGGGGCUGAAAAGGCCACAAGGCGUCGAGUGGAGAGGCCCAGGGGCCAGGUGAGCCCGUCAGACCGGCGAGGAAUACAAGCAGCAAAGGAGGCUGAACUCCGCUUGCAAACGGAAAGACACACCAAGGAAAAAAGAAAAGUUACUGAAGCCUCAAGUGAUGAUCCUCAGCCAGAGAUUGACCUGGUAAGAAAGGAAUCAUUAACCAGUUCGGAAUCUUUCCAAACAGUGGAAUGCUUGCAGUCUUUGAGUAAGGAAGGUAUCGUGGAAGGCAUUAAAAGAAGAAGAAUUCGAAAUAAAAAACUUAAAAGCUUAGAAAACCCACCUCUCAAAGUAACAGAAAAUGAGGCUACACAAAAUAUUAAGGUUGAAUUCCAAGAUGAACUGUACAAGAAUACUCCAAAAUAUUCUUGUAACAUCUUGUCACCUGAAGUAGAAAAUAAUUCCAUUUUGAAAUUACAUGUUUGCAAUUGUUUCCCCCAUUCCAAGGGUUGUAAUGAUGAAAACAACCUGCCAUAUAAGCCUGAUGGUGGAUGUAUGCAUGUAGCAGAAAAUUCCUCAAAGUUAAAGAAAGAAAACCUUAGGAGUCUUGCAGAGAAGAGUGACACAAAUAGUAUUCCUCGGCUUUUACAAACCAAAGAAAGUGUAAUGGGAGUAAAUAAGUUACUACUAGAAGAGAGUGAUUUAUGCCAAAGUAAAACCAAUGACUUGCUUUCCUGCCUUCAACGUGAAAAAAAUAAAUACUCAAUAGAGGAGAGCAGUGUUGGGCGAAAAUCCAGGAAAAGAAUAAAGUCUGAAAAAGCAGUUACUGAGUCUGAAACAGUUACUGAGAUGAACUUUUAUGAGUAUAACAAGUCUGAGUUGAUGUUGCAAGAAAAUAAAAUGAUUGCUGAUGGUAAAGAAGCAGAGACUAAAAGUCCUUUAAAUGUUCUGAGAAAAGUAAGCCAUAAUACAGUCUCUCUGAUGGAUCAUUUAUUAAGUCUCCCAGAAAUGGUAGGAAAAGAAACAAGUCCCGAACAUCAUGUAAAUGCUGUGUGUCAGAAAACCAUUGAGCCACUUUUGAAAGAAGAAACAGAGAAUGCUUCAGAGCCCUUAGGAUAUGAAAGCAUGGCACAGACAGAGGAUUUUAAAUCAAUGAAAAGCUCCAUAGGGAAAUCACCUAAUGAGUACCAUAUUGAAAAGAGAUCUUCACAGGAAGAGUUGAGAAGGGAAUCUGAAGAACUGAAGUUAAGCUGUCAGAGAACAAUACCUAUGACUGGUAAAAGAACUUGGCCUUAUUAUUCAUGUGCUCGAAUAUCUGCCUGGUGUUGGAAAAAGGCUUCCUUGCCAGAAUCAAGUUACUUUCUUCCUGGGUCUCAGGAAAGUUGUAGGCAAGAUGAUGUUCUUAAACACCAAACAAACCAGACCCAUUUAACUGACUCCAAAUUAUUAUUACAAAGUUCCUUAACAGAAACAAACAUUGAAUCUUCAAGUAAAGAAAAACUAGAUUCUAAUUCGAAUUGUUUGUCUUCAGUUUCUGCAAUAGAACAUACUUUAAUGGUUAUGAAGGAACCUAUAAUCGAGGAUGAUAAAAAGAUAAAAUCAGAGGAACUGAGCAAAAGUGGGUCAGAGGUGGUUUCUAACACUACUGAAGAUACUCAGUUAAUCAGUGAGACUCAAAUCUUAACAGGAAAUAAAAAAAAAGAUAGAGGAAAUUUAACAAAACUAAAUUUGAUAGCGACUUCCAAAGAUGGUCAGGAAGCAAAUAACUCUACAGGCAGAACUAUUCAUCGAAAAUCAUGCGUUGCUAAACAAACAUUUGUAGCUCCAGACUUGGUUAAAAUAUUGAACACAGGAAGGCUAACUAAUUUUAAAAUUCCUUUACUUAAGAAUAAAACAGAAAAAAGAAAAGAAAUAAAUGCCAAGUCAUCAGAGAGAGAAGCUUACAGUCCUCUAGAACUUCUGGACAAUUUAUCUGGAGCAGAGGUAAGACAGAAUAGGAGUAAAGAAAGUGUCUCCAUGACAACAUCAGGACCUCAAACUUUGAGCAUACAAAAUAGCGUCACUCCAGCGCAAGCUAGUUCUGAUUCAUUCUACGAUAAGAAUUCCUGUAGUAUUUAUCCACGGUUUACAAAGCAAGAUAACAAUAACAAACCAUCUAAUCACAUCUCUGAACGAGGCAAUAUUGUGUCUAAUAAAGAAGUUGCUUCUCUCACAGUUGAAAAUAAUACUUUUUCUUAUGAUCCCGGGUAUGUAGAGAAAAAUUCUUUCUUCAGCUGUAAUGAGCAAGAAACAUUCCAGCCAGUUUCCAGUGAAGUUAGUGGUAGAAAAAUAACUAAGAAUUUUUCAGAAAUCAAAGUAGGGUCUCCAGAUAUUCUUAAAGCAUAUGAAGAUGAUGUCCUCCUAAUUGAUGUAAUUCAAGACGACCCAGACCUCUUUGGAGUCUCCAAUGAAGGAGAGCUCUCAUGUACUUCAGGGGUCUCCAGGAUAAGCCAGGAGCCCAAUGUUGCUGGAGAGGACCAAUCAGCAGACUUCAAGUACAUGGAAACUCCAGUAAAAAAAGAACCAAGUGACAACUUGAGAGAACUUUCUGUACUGGACACUGGAUCGAUAAAGUCAGAGGCCUGUGCUUCCAACUCAGCAGCAAGUGAAAUAAGACAUGAUUCCAAAGAUGUGAACACUUCCUUAGGAAAAGUUGCUAAUAAGGCCUCUGAAAAUGAAACACUGGAAGACUUCAGUGAACAAAUAAAAGGUUCAAACUUGGAUAAAAAGCAUAGAUUUACAGACAAAGUGAUUAUCAAAGAAGAAAAAGAAAAGAUUUAUGAAGUGUGCAAAAGCAAAGAUUCUAGGAAUGCAGACAUUAUGGUUGAUGAAUGUCAGUUUGCAGCACCAGUCCCGAAACCUCUGUGCUUAUUAGUACCUCCUUUGAAUCUAAGUGGUCAUCAAGAAGAAACAGUACUGAAUACCUGGACGAAUGAUUUCAGAUUUUUGGGAAAACAUUCUGUCCUAAAGCUGCAGAAUCCUGCAACUUGUGAAAUAUUUAAGAGGGAAAAAAAUGUAGGGGUGCUCCAGAAGUCCCUGGGGUUGAUGUUACCCUAUAAAUAUUGCAGAUUUCAUUUUAAUACGUUACGUGGCUGUGAGCGUCCACUGUGCAAGUUUGUUCAUGUGCCUGAACAAGGGGAUGAAAAGGUUUGCAUGGAUGUGUUUAAGAAAUAUAUAAAUAUCAAUGAACUGUGUUUGCUACAGCGUGCAGUAAACAUAUUUAUGGAAUACUACAGAAAGUUUCCCCCAGGUAUACACUUUGAUUUACAAGUGCUAAAUGACCUUCUAAAUUCUUUACUCAAACAUUGUUUAUUGAAAGAAGUAUUUCAAAUAGUGAACCUCAGCAUAAUGGUUAAAAUACAGCCUUCUCUGAAAAUAUUACUGAACAUAUUUGAGCAUGUGGCAACUAUGAAAUUAAGGAAUGCUGUACCUGCUUUAACUGAUAUAUUUUGCAAGCUUAUUGAAGCUGGGAUGGUGCUUGAUCCAGAGCACUUUAACUAUAUUGUUAAGCUCUUAUACCAAGUACAAGCUUCCAAACAAGAAAUAACUGCAGUUCUGGAAAUGAGAUCCAGGUUACAGACGAGGCUAUUUAAAAAGAACUGGAAGUGUGAUUUAGAUUCAGCCUUGAAUAAAUUAGAGCAUUGUAAAGAAAAAGGUGACUGGACCAGAUUGGGAAAAUUAUACCUUAAUGUAAAAAUGGGCUGUGAAAAACUUGCAGAUUUUGAGACAUUUUGUGCUUGCAUUGCUAAAACACUCACAAAACACUAUGAAAAAGAAGGACCAGAUGUUCCCUUUUGUGAAUUUGCUGAAACAGUUAGCAAAGAUCCACAAAACAGUAAAGUAGAUGAAAGUGUGCUGGGAAGAAUCGGAAUCAGUGCUUUGUUCUUCUAUCACAAGCUGUUGCAGUGGUCCAAGGGAAGGAAGGUGUUAGAUAAACUAUAUGAAUUAAAAAUACACUUUACAAGCUUAAAAGGACUUAUAGGGCCUGAGAUGUUAGCAUCAAGAUGUCAGAUUGUGAAUGUUGCAGCAGAAAUUUUUCUAAAAAGUGGAAGCCUAAAUGGUGCCAUUUGGGUAAUGAGGGAGUCAGAAUGGAUAAUCAAUACGCCUCUGUGGCCUUGUGAUAGGCUGGAUGUGCUUAAUCGACAUAAUUUGCUCUGUACAAUUGCACAUGACAUCUUAGCCAAGAGCCUUUUUAGACAGGCAUUUGAAGUUUUGCAGAAUCUACCAGGUUUUCAGAAUUCUCAAGAAACUGUGGAAGUCUCACAAUAUAGCAUUCUUUUUAAUAAGCUUCUAGAUUCCUGUAUAGAAAGCAACAGUCUUGGUACAUCAUCCUCUGUGGCAGAAUUCAUGAUUUCAAAGAGCGUACCUAUUGAUUUUUCCUUUCUUAGAAGAUUAAUUACUUCUUUAGGAAGGAGUUGUUUAUGGCUCAAAGCCAGAGCCCACUACAAAAGUGCUCUUUCCUUGGGUUGCUACCCACAACUGGAAGGAAAUUUAUACCGAAAACUUCUUCUAAUUCCAUCUUAUUUAUCUGAGAUUGAAAUGCUUUUAGCAAUGGAAAUCUUCAUGGUAUCUAAUGCUAGUAGUAUUCAGAGUCCUGGAACUUCUACACAGAUACUACAGAUAGUAUUGAAAAGGUGUGAAAACAACCAGUCUCAGAGGAAUGAUGAUUAUCAAGCCGCAGUAGAAAGGUUAAUUAUGGCUGCUCGUAUAUCGGAUCCAAAGCUUUUCAUCAAACACAUGACUGUCAAUAUUAAUAAGGAACAGGUUUAUAGUUUGGAACAUUGUUCUGUCCUGAAAUGGUUAAAAGAGAAUAUGAAGUGGGCUGGAAAGGUUUGGCUUUUCAGUAACCAUUAGUUAAUAAAGUCUGCUCUUUUUUACGUUCAAGUAAUCAUUGUUGAAAAUAAAAGGCAAUAAAAAUAAAGACAGUUUCACCAUA